AUGAAUUUCCCGAUGCUGACCUUCAUUAUAUGUGGGUUACUAAUUUCAGCGACCAAAGCUGGCUGGAAAAUCAAAAAAUGCUGGAAGAAUGAUAUAGGGCACUGCAGAAAACGAUGUUUACAAACUGAAAGGUACAAACUUCUUUGUAUGAACAAACUAAAUUGUUGCAUUCCCAUAAACUUCGAGGAAUACACUAGAAAGCCACUACCUCCCCUAUUCCCUACAGAUAUUAUCAGCAAUGUUACUUGGGAUGUGCCUCCUACCCCUAUAACUUGGCCCAAUGAUCAGGUAACAUAUAUCCCAGAUGACAAUAGCACAGGAACUGAGAUCACAACUCCCAGGGAGAAAGUUUCUACAACAGCUUUGACACGUGCUACUAA